AUGUCAGGUCUCGACUUGUCACGCACUGCCUGCACACGGUGUCGUAACCAAAAGCUCAAGUGUAGCCGCGAGUAUCCCAACUGUCUCCGGUGCAGAAGACUUCACGGACAUUGUGUCUAUCCGCGGCCGCAUGACCGUAGUAGACAGAGGGCCGAGCGAGCGCUCGCGGACGCCGCGACCUUGGCCGAGUCAAUGCAAACCCGGAAAUCCCAUCUCGAGCCGCUGCCAUCGCAGGGAGAUUUUCCUAACUCAGUCUUAAGCCGUCAGCAUUCACCACAGCACGAGCAGGCUCACCCAAGGUAUUCCAUUCUACCUGGACAACAUGUACAGACGAGAAUAGAAGCGUAUGUCUCAUCCACAAACUCUGAAGUACUGAGGACGGUGGUAGACAUUCCAUCUGAUUCGUACCCUCACCAGCUCCGGGACGCCCAAAACAACAGAGACAACGGUCAAGCAAAUCAUGCACCGCGCGCCGAAGACUGUGCGCUACCACCGUUUUCGGCCGGACUUGGGCUCCUGGAAAUAUACUUCUCGCGGGUUUACAACGCAAGCCUCCUUUUUUGGAAGCCGCUCCUCUUCCAGCAAUAUGUUGAGGGCAAGAUACCCGCUUUUCUACUUCGUGCGAUUUUUGCAAUUUCGGCUUUAUUUGUGGAUUCGAACCAGCGUAACUUGGAGGGGUACUCGGAGCUCCGUGCUCUUGGUGCUUUCCGUCAUCUCAGUCUUUCUUGGGCCCAAGCUGCUGCUCGAGAAGCAUGCUCCCUUGCAACGCUCGAUCCAUCGCUCGAAGUGAUCCAGACUCUAGAAUGUCUGACGUUGUAUUGGUUUGGAACAGGACAAUCCAAGAGUGGCGACCUCUCGCUUGCGCUUGCGUAUCGCUGUUGCUGUGUUCUGGGCUUCAAUCAAAGCAAAUCCUCAGAAAUCCCUAAAGCAUCACUAGAUGCGGAAUUGCAAAGACGAUGCUUGUGGGCCUGCUGGGCCUCCAUGUGUAUUGUCGCCGCACCAGAGCCAUACUUGCGCUGCUGGUGGUCAGAAGUCGCACAAGUUCCUUUACCCGCACGAAUUGACCGAGAAGGCUGUGUUAUCAAAAUCACGCAAAAACAGUACCUGGACGCGAAUUGGGUGCCUCAUGAUAUACAGGGUCAGGAGGGGGUCGAUCACGUGCUGCCAACAGCGGCGGUAUUGAUGAAAAUGGUCGGAGUCUGGGCGAAAGUCCAGUUAUUCGCACUAGACCGUCAGGACAGUGGUCCAUCCUCCAUACUCGAAGAGCCGACCGCUCUUGCAACAUGGGCCGCUUCGGUUCAUGCUUCAAUUUCCUUAGGUCAGCGCCAGAAAAUCCUUGACGAAGCCGCGCCUGGAGAUGUCUUCGAUGAAGCCCACCUGCUUUUUGUUUGCGAUGCCCUCCACAACCUCUCUCAAAUAACGGUCUACUCCACAAUGGUACCACUAUUCUGUGGUCCAAAAGCACAGGCGAGUGUUGAUAGCUCGUCGGCCCAAUUAAGUGCAAGAAUUGUGGUUGAGAACGCGUGGUCGUUCGCCAAUCAGCUUAAAGCUUAUCGCGCAUCUCGUCGAGACGCAACGUACAUGUGUCCGCUUAUCGGACAUUGCGCUUUUACCACUGCAGCAGUUCUUCUCACUUUCGAGUUUUCUCGUAGGAAAAAAGGGUCUGAUGGUUUCAUUCCAGGACUCGAAUCCGUUGACACCGUGUUACCGAUAGUGCAAACUAACCUCAAGAUUCUUGGUGAACUGUGCAGAUAUUGGGAAGUCCUACGUCGACCUUGCGACAAGAUCUUGGCUGCUCUAGAGUCGCUGACAGUGAGUGCUGGCGCUAGAAUCUCUUCACUCUCAGUAGACAGUGAUAGAUCUACUCGUCAACACCCUCGCCAGGCUCUAGCGGCGCCCUUUGCAAGCAACCGACUUCAUAUCUCGAGUCAGCCAAGCCAUGGUCUUCAAGAGCAGCUGCAUAUAAACACUGACAUGCCCCUGCAACCACCUUCGGCUAAUGGCAGCUCACAGCUAACAAUUAAUUACCUGUCCUUUAACCCUGAACCCCAAGCCAACAGUGGUGAAAUUCUCUACGAUAUAGACACUCUCGGAAUGGACGACUGGUGGAAUAGUUCCUUCACAGAUGUGGGCUAUGAAAAUCUGGCAGUGCUCGAGCCAAUGAUGCUGUCACGUGGAAGUUGGGAUGGACUUCAAUAA